CUAAUACUUAACGCUCUGUGUCUUACCUUAGUUGCAUUUGGAUCUGGAAAAUUGGAAGUCAGGUUAGAUCUCUCUCUCGCUCUUGCUUCUGCAGUCAAUAGAAGAAAAGAAAUGGCUGCAAUCUCAGUUCACCAAUUCGCGCAGUGCAUAACUUGCCACGCUUGGAGUCCCGAUCACUCUAUGAUUGCACUAUGCCCAAAUAAUAAUGAAGUUCACAUCUAUAAAUCAUCGCCUGAAGAUAAGUGGGAGAGGGUACAUGUCCUCCAAAAGCAUGAUCAAAUUGUCUCUGGGAUAGAUUGGAGUGUGAGAUGCAACAGAAUCGUUACUGCUUCUCAUGAUCGGAAUUCAUAUGUCUGGAACCGAGAAGGCGCUGAAUGGGUACCAACCCUUGUUAUCCUCAGGCUCAACCGUGCGGCACUUUGUGUUCAGUGGAGCCCAAAAGAGAAUAAGUUUGCUGUUGGAAGUGGGGCUAAAACUGUCUGUAUAUGCUACUAUGAGCAAGACAACAACUGGUGGGUUAGUAAACUUAUCAGGAAAAGACAUGAUUCUUCUGUGACAAGUGUUGCUUGGCACCCUAAUAAUAUUCUUCUCGCUACAACAUCUACUGAUGGGAAAUGUCGAGUGUUUUCCACUUUCAUAAAAGGUGUUGAUACGAGGGACUCAAAGGCAGGUUCUUCUUCCGACUCCAAAUUUGGAGAGCAAAUUAUUCAGCUUGAUCUCUCAUUUUCCUGGGCAUUUGGUGUGAAAUGGUCACCAAGUGGCAAUACCCUAGCUUAUGUAGGUCAUAAUUCUAUGAUUUACUUUGUUGAUGAUGUUGGUCCUUCUCCUUUGGCCCAAAAUGUUGCAUAUCGUGAUUUACCUCUUCGUGAUGUCAUAUUUGUAUCUGAGAAAAUGGUUAUAGGUGGGGGAUUUGAUUGCAACCCUAUGGUUUUUGUAGCAGAUGAAAGAGGAAUAUGGAGCUUUAUCAGAUUUCUCGGGGAAAGAAAAUCAUCACUUCCAGGUUCAAAAUAUGGUUCGCAGUUUUCUGAGGCAUUUGGUAAAUUUUAUGGCCAAUCGAAGAUUGGAGGGAGCAAUGAUGCCAUCGACUCUACAAGGUCACAUGGAGGCAUCCAUGAUAACUGCAUAAACUGUAUUGCGCCUCUCCGGGAGCAAGGUAGUUCCAGAACACUGCGCUUCAGCACUUCAGGAUUAGAUGGAAGAGUAGUUAUUUGGGAUCUGGGGAAGCAGGAAGAUCUCUCCGAAUAUUUGUAAAGAUGAUAUUUUUUCUCUUGUAUCUUUGAUAUAGUACAAUAUCUUUGAGGAAGUGUUGGAUGCUGGAAACAUGCCUGUAUAUUAACCGGGCGUAUAUUGACAAGUCUUUUCAUGGUAGCCUAGUGUAAGUGGACCCGAGUUCAGGUGGUUAUCGUUUAGAACAACCGGGUCUGAAGUGCUUGAAAAAUAUACUCUCUCAAUUACUGCGCCUAAUGUAUGUAUUCCAUUCAUAUUACUGCAAAAAGAUUACUGGUUAGAAA